CAAGCCAAUCUUCUCAGCCCCCUGCACAAUCGAUACAGUAAUAUCACCUUGAUCUUUUAUACCAAGAAAACGAAGAUUUUUCUGUCGUGAAUUUCGCUCACGAGCAUUCAUGUCAAACUGUAGUUGAUCUAGCUGCUGCUCAAUUUCUUCCGUUUUUUGUUCGAAUAAACUAAUUAAUGUAACCGAAAAGGAUUAUACAAAAUAAACGACAGUGUCACAUUUUUUUUGCAAUCUGUGUAUUUAUACAUAUGUGCAGAAACAGAGAUGUAUAGAAUAAAUACAGCGCGGUAAGUCUUAACUGAUUAAGCGUCUACUAGGCUCUUUCGAUUAAUUCCAUUAGUUAAACCAUAUAAAAGAACGUUGUACAGGGAAGCAGAAUACAGAACAAAAUUUGAGUAAAUUUUUAUUGCGUAGUCUGAGGCAUCCUUUUAUUCAGAACUACAACACUGGAGAACGACAUAUUACAUAAUGAGUUUAUGGUAUGUAUUCUUAAGUUUUCCUUUGUAUCCUCAGGAUGAAGAGUGAAACUUUGAUUAUUUUAAUUUUUCGAGGAACAUAUCCGAGCAUUGACUUUAUGUUAUAAUCAAAGCAGUUGCAAAGUGCACAUGUAAGACUAGCUAAAGUUUGGUGUAAGACCAAGAAACGCGCUUUUCUCUGUUCAAAUUCAGGUUAAAUAUUGUCGAGAAUUAGCUGCAUUGUACCCAGAUGAAAUUAUUAAUUUUUCAUGUGAUAAUAAAGCUAAAGUUCAUGUUGGUACACUUGCUGUGAUGUUUGCUUGGGAUGAUAGUAAAUAUAAUCCUGUUGAAAGAACGUUAUCAUACUUAUCUAAACAAAUAACCAGUGCGGUAUUAAACCGUAAAAUAUCAAAUAAAACAAGCGAACAAAAUAAUUUUGAUAACGCUGUUACAGUAUUAUGUUCAUAUUGGGAUAAAAAUUUUUAUGAUUCGUAUCAGAUAUCAUGUAUACCAGUUAUUUCAUAUUCAAUACUACUUUAUGGUGGUAAUAGUGAUAGAAUUAAUCUAUUAAAGACAGAAAAAUAUAGAAAAAAUGCUCAAAAUAAAGGUAUUCAUGGUAAAUUUCAAUUUUUUAUGAAACAUUGUCGUCGUAGUACAUAUUUAGUAUUAUUUAUAAAAUGCGAUGAUCCAAAUUGUUACCACUGUUUAAUGAGAGCCUGGUUAUCCAUUUUCGUUUUUGUCGCUGAGGAAAACAAAACGUUGCCGAAAGGGUAG